GAAUUUCCGAAUUUCUGAACCACUUGGAACUAUCCUGGCUAUCUCGUAUCCUCUCAUAGCAGCCACAACAACUCAUCCAAAUCUUUCACUCUUCCGUAAUUUUCCUUCAAUACGACAACAGUCUUAUCUUUCUCUCUCGCUCUCCCCCUCGCUCUGGCUCUGUCAUCCAUGGCUUCUAUGGCUACUCAUCCCACGCACAAUCUCACCUUUACCAACCCCAAACUCCCCGCAAAGAGGCCAUUCUACACUUCUUCAUGCUCGCCAUUCCCGACUAAUCCUCAUUCAUUCUCUAGGGUUCCCGAUUCUACCAUCUGUCGCUGCCAGAGCUCUGGCUCUAACUCUCCCUCCGAUAAUUCCUCUUCCAGUCAGUGGAGAUGGGACGCCGCGCUCCAAGACGUAUUCAGGACUGCAAUCAGGCGCUUAGAUUCUUUUAUGAAUUCGUCUAUAAGAGAUUCCGGAGGUUCUGAUAGCGUUGCUCAGAGGCAGAGAGGUGAAGAGGACGAAGGUGAGGAAGAAUGGAAUUGGGAUCGCUGGAAAAGGCACUUCGAUGAAAUUGUCGAGCAGGAGCGUCUCGUUUCAGUUUUGAAGUCGCAGCUAAGUCAGGCCAUACAUAAAGAGGAUUAUGAAGAUGCUGGUAGGCUCAAAGUUGCUAUCGCAGCUGCAGCUACAAAUGACACUGUUGGCAGAGCGAUAUCAUGUCUGAAUAGAGCUGUUGCAGAGGAGCGAUAUGGUGAUGCAGCUUUUUUGCGAGACUAUGCUGGGGCUGGGUUGGUGGGAUGGUGGACUGGGAUAUCAGAAGAUUUAGAUGAUCCACAUGGGCUUAUAAUACGCAUAACUGCAGAGCAUGGAAGAUAUGUGGCUAGGAGUUAUAGUCCUCGGCAGCUUGCUACAACUGCAGUGGGUGCACCCUUGUUCGAGAUUUUUCUUACAACGAAUAACAAAGGUGAAUACAAGCAGCAGGCUGUUUACCUAAAACGAAGUGCCGCUGUCCAAAAUUAUUCACCAGUGUCCUCUAAAGCUCCUGGAUCCUCCAGUCGAUUGGAUUCAUCUUCCCUAACUGAAGAUAAAAGUGAUCUACUUGUUGUGAGCACUGAAGAUGAGGAUGAUCCUGAUUCUGAUGGUGAUUCUGAUGCAGCUGAGGGACUGCCCGGUUUUCAGAAUAUUUUGCGAGAUAUGAUUCCUGGUGUGAAGGUCAAGGUUUUGAACGUGACUGCACCUGGGAAGGUCGACAGAGAUUUUAUAUCUAAGGUGAUUGAGCAGAUAGUGGAGGAUGAAGAUGAGGAUAAGGAUAUGGAGAUAGAAAGCGCCGAUGAAGAAGAAGAGGAGGAAGAAGAAAAUUUUCAUGAUGGCAAACUAGAUAAAAACAAGGAUGAGAUGGAUGUGAGCCGUGGAAUUCUUAAUAAUGAAGGGCAGAAUGAAUUAGCAGUUAAAGUUGUUGUUAGCGAUAUCGCACAGAAACUUUCAGGUGUGGUGCCAGCUAAAUCACUUCGAGUACCUGCUGAACUGAAGAAAAAGGGGCAUUCAUCAUUUUGUUUCUCAAUAGAAAAAGAUGUCAUCCAACAAGAUUCUGAGACAAAGCGGUCAACUUCAUUUCGUAGAAGAGCUGGACUUCAUGGUCAACGUAGCAUAGACAAUGUUAUGUUUGAUCUGGCUAAAUUUGCUGGCAGGGAGAAGAUACCCUUGAAGGUCCUUAAAGAUGUUGGCCAGUUACUAAAUCUCACACUAAGUCAGGCUCAAAAUCGUCAACCACUGUCUGGGUCUACUACUUUUCAUCGCAUCGAGACACCUGCAUCGCAAGACCCUUUAAACGGGCUCUAUAUUGGUGCACACGGACUUUACACAACUGAAGUUAUUCAUGUACAACGAAAGUUUGGCCAGUGGCAAGAGAAUAGUUACACCGAGAAGCCUUCUAAUAUUGAAUUUUAUGAAUAUGUGGAAGCCAUAAAAUUAACCGGAGAUCCUUAUGUUCCUGCUGGCCAGGUGGCGUUUCGUGCUAAGGUUGGAAAAAGUUAUCAACUUCCUCAUAAAGGGAUUAUUCCUGAAGAAUUUGGAGUGAUUGCACGAUAUAAAGGACAAGGGAGGCUUGCCGAGCCAGGGUUCCACAAUCCUAGAUGGGUUGAUGGUGAACUUGUGAUUCUUGAUGGAAAGUACAUUAAAGGAGGGCCUGUUAUUGGAUUUGUAUAUUGGGCCCCCGAAUAUCAUUUCUUGGUGUUCUUCAAUCGCCUGAGGCUUCAGCAAUAGAUUCUCGAUGUAUAUAAUCUUGGAAUUUGUUCUUCUUUGUAGGGUAUGUUCUUCCCUGUCUAGCGCUUAUUAAACUGCUUUACUGAUUGAGCAUGAGUCUGGAAUAUAAAUUUGUCUUAAAGUGAUCCUAUACCUUGUCAUAGAGAACUGGAGUGUAUCCUUUUCUUGUGUGUUUUGCUAAAUUCGCCUGUUUUCCAACUUCCUCUUCUCUUUUUGGUUCUUCUGAUGGGUGCAAUUGAGAGACACCGUCCGUUCUUUGUUUCUUUUACAGUCUUUAGUUUGAACAGGGUAUACCGUUCCAUGACAAUUCAAAGGCAAUGAUUUCCGAUGAAAGCUUACAUGCUUUUACUUUUC